AUGUCGUCACGUAUGACACUGUACUGGCACCCGAUGGAGUGUAAAGAUUUGGUUAUCCUCACCCCUACCGGGCCGGAACACCUCUUGUUGCUGUCGAACUUCGUGUACUUUGAAGUUUCCGCAUCGGCACCCUAUCAAAUUAGAAAAAUUGAAGAACUCAAUAAAGUAAUAUGUCUUGAACUCCACUUUUCUUUAACCAGAACUAUUUCAAUAGAAGACCUGUCCACUACUACUGAUAAUAGUACACAAUCAGACAUCCCCCAGAUUCGCCACCGCGAACUAUUUUUAUCUCGUCAGUUAGAAACGCUACCCGCCACGCAUAUCCGCGGAAAAUGUACAGUCACGCUGCACAAUGACACCGAAUCAUGUUCCACCUACCUAUCUAAGGAUGACUCCUUUUUCUUCCAACUGGUCUACGACCCCGUACAAAAGACCUGUACAGUCACCUGCACAAUGACACCGAAUCAUGUUCCACCUACCUAUCUAAGGAUGACUCCUUUUUCUUCCAACUGGUCUACGACCCCGUACAAAAGACCUUGCAAGCCGAUCGAGGGACCAUGCGAGAAGGCCCGGAGUAUCAGGCAGAUGUCCCAAAUUACCAACCGCCUCCUAAAGGAAGAUAAACAUCGCGAAGAACUGCGGUGGAUGCCCAACUCGAACCUAACUCCUUCUGAGAUUGACUCAUAUCUUUUGUUAACCCGUUCCCUGGGCACGCUCGGUCGGGCCUACUAUCCGGCAAGUAGCCUUCGACAACCAACCGUAGCAAUGUCCGCGGCUGCUGCUGGCCGUGACUCCACAUUACAGUUCGCUCUGGACACGCUACACUCUGCCAAUUACGAUGUCUCUCGUGCGUUACAAGCACUCACCCCAGACGGUCAGCCUGUCGUCAAACUGGACGAAAUGGAGUCGUGGUCUGCGAGUGAAGGAAACUUGUUUGAGGAGGCGCUAGAGAAGUACGGCAAGUGCUUCUAUGACAUCCAGAGUGACUUUCUGCCAUGGAAACAUCCAAAGAGCUUGAUCGAAUUCUACUACAUGUGGAAAACAACCGAUCACUACAUUCAGCAGAAACGGCUCAAGGCGGCUGAGGCAGAACACCACCUGAAACAAGUGUACAUUCCAAAUUACAAUAAGCCAAAUCCUGCUGUAUUGUACCCGGCCUCUGCCGAGCACCAACCCAGCAACUGUGAAGGUUGCAAAGCCGCCUCGUCCUCACAGUGGUACGCCCUGGGACCCGCGACAUCACCACUUAAAGUCUGCACGGAUUGCUGGAAUUAUUGGAAACGGUAUGGUGAUCUGAAGUCCGCCUCUAUACUUGUUUACAAUGCUGCGGUGCGCUCCAUAUUACUAUAUGGAUCAGAAACCUGGCCGUUGCGCGCUGAGGACGUCAAAAGACUUUCAGUGUUUGACCAUCGAUGUCUUCGGAGCAUUGCCCGAAUCUGGUGGGAACACCGGAUCAGCAAUUCUGAAAUACGUCGAAUGGUAUUCGGGAGAAAUAACUCACCCUCGAUAGACGAACUGACCACACUGCAUAGGUUGCGCUGGCUUGGCCACGUGUCGCGUAUGCUAGUCGACCGACUUCCUCGAAGGGCUCUUUUCGCCCAACCAUAUGAAGGGUGGAAGAGAGCCAGAGGCGGUCAACCAAUGACUUGGCAGCGAAGUAUGAAAGCCGUUACCAGCAAACUCAGCUGCGCUGACCGGAUGAAUGAUGCAACCGCAGCGUUACCGCCUUCUGACGUCAAGAAAGCAGAUACAUCAAUGCAAUCUAGCAUAAGCACAACGAGCCUCAUAACUUUAAACCGGCACUCCAUCAGUGCGCCUCAGUCAAGUGUGGACAGUCCAUUGUCCGGAAGAGUUCGAAACAACAUCAGCUUUCAGUUUGUUGCGAGCCCUGUAUUGCGCCUGUCCCGCCGUCUCCGCCCGGGUCCUUCUGGACCUCGAAAGCAGGCCCGCCAGCCAUUCAAACGGUUGCACUCUUUGUCGACCCUCCAGUCUGAAGUGCAGUCACUCCUGCCCACGAUGGAUGCCAACACUCUGCAACGGUAUAAACAACAGCUGCAGGCACGUUUGGCUAAUCGCGAUCCGAAAUUCCAGGCGGUCAUGCUGGAAUCGCUCCUGACCCAGUUGUUUCCAGCUAGUCGCGGAGCAAAGAAGCUUCAGACGGAAGAUGUCGAUUCGAAUACGAAUACGAAACGACCCAUUGGGGCUAAACAAUCAACUAAUACCCCUGCUACAAAGUCCGUACCCGGGGAACCCCCGGUGAUCGUGAACGGAUUACCCGAGGUCGUGGAAAACGGUAGUCGAAAACGGCAAACCCCUCCGGUGGAUGCACUGGAACUGAAUAAUCAUGCUUUCGAACCUAGUCCAGCUAAGAAGCCGCAGCAUACUGCGGGAACUACGAACCACCACACUUCGGAGGCAGGUGUUGUCUCAGAUCCGCAAAUCCGCGGCCCGUUGGCCACUGGUCCCCGGCGCCGGAUCGGGAUGGGUCCAGAUGAGAACGGAGCCACAACCCUUAUGUUCCUCGCAACGGACCGCACCAAACGAACUCGACGCAAGCUACUGACAGUGUCAGAACUGCGUCGACACGGCCGGCGUCCCUCCGUCCCCGUGUCUGGAACUCACUCGCACACUUCUCGCCCAACUAAGUCGACCGACCUACCGGCCAAGAAUUCAUCCGAUUCGUCCGAACAAUGUCUUGUCAAAGGCCCACCCAUGACAGCGGUUCCGAAAUCCCCCAACACUUCCAACUCAUCCAACAUGAUUGUUCAAUGACCCUUACCUUGGAUCUCACUGUCCGUUUUUUGUGAAUAUUUCCCCGAACCCAACCCUCCAUGAUUUGGAAACAUUUACGGGUGAUUCGCUCUGAAUUGAAGAGGGCAACUCUCUGUACGUCCUAGUAUCGAUCCGCCCGAAAUAUGGCUAUGUUGUUGUGCAUCACAGUUUACGGUUGACCUAACCGGGCACCAUUCCUAUACAGUGAGCACUAUCUCUAGGACACGAAUCGUGUAUCACACGCCGUUCUCGCUACAUAUGCCGAAUUGUAUUUCUGCCGCUGAGCCAUUUUAAUUCCUGUGGUCCUUCCACCGCCAUGCUUGUGUCUGUGGCAUCUAAGUUUCUGCCGCUCCCUUCUAUAUUGUGCGAUCUUGUAACUCAGCAGACCGCCCAUCGAUCAAGGACGACCAUCAUUGCGUACGCUUCCUUUCCCACGUGACGUUGGUCUUUUUCCUGUACGUACCCACCCCAUCAAUUUCAGUACCAUCACUCGCUUAUGUCAACAUGUGUAGAGCAUUUCAAACUCCUUUUCGUCCCCUGUACUCACGCGAUUAAACGCGUUUUCGUAGGCUGUCUGUUUGUAUGUACGUGUUUGAAAUUAUGCCUUGUGAUAGAAAUGCGCAAAAGCAAAGAAUGCUA